AAAUAUGUAAUGCUAGAAAAGAGUCGAUACAUGUCAUUUGGACACAACUUCAACGCGGCUUCUCUUCUAGGUUCCCUGUUUUGAGUUAAGGUUACUUGCUUCCCGAAUGCUUAGUUCGAUUAGGUGACGUCGUUAAAUUCAAAGAGGAUUGCUGACCCGAUGCGCGUCGUAGCCACACGUGGCAGCACCUGGCAAAUGCUUUUAUCCCCAGUAAAUUAAUGCUACCUUAUACCUAAUCUCUUUAUUUUUUUUUUUUUCUCCCUUCUGCCAUCUUUCCACUUCGACACGUAACGACAGCAUGGCAUCAAGAUUUGGCCACUCCACGCUCCACCAACGGGACUCCCGCAGCGCUCUGUUCGAGGGAUACAGUGGCAGCGGCCGCAACAGCGCCGACCCUGCGAGACGACCCAGCCCAGCCGUGGGCUACGGAUACGGAUACCCCGGAGGUAGCAACGGUUCGGCGAGCAAUCAUCUUGGUGUAGAGAACAGAGGGUCGUUCCGACCCGCGACGCCAAAUUCAAAGGGCCAGUACAGCGACGCGGUGCUCAACGAGUUAGAAAGCCAGAACGACCAGCAGGUCGAGGGCAUCUUAGGGAAGGUCAAAGUCCUGAAAGAUAUGACGGUGGCUAUCGGCGACGAGAUCAGAGAGUCCUCGGCGCUCGCGGAGAAGAUGAAUGACACGUUCGACUCGACGCGGUUAAGGCUACGCGGAACCAUGAACAGGAUGAUGGUCAUGGCUGAGCGGACGGGCGUCGGCUGGAAGGUCUGGCUCGGUUUUUUCGCCGCCGUGAUCUUCAUCUUCCUCUAUGUCUGGCUCUUUUGAACGCCUACCUACAUCGUUCUCGUUCGGGUACCUACCUACAUACAACCAACCCCCUGAACGAACAACAUAGACCUACACGCAAGGUUUAGACACGAGCAGCAUUAUAUCACAUUACGGAUGGCGUUGUGGCGUGUUUUAUCUUUCUAUUUUUGGCAUGAA